AUGCUGUGGAAAAAUUAUGCUUUGUCUGGUUCCCGAAUAACACAUAGGCUUCACAAGUUACCUAGAAAGAGCAGCUUCUCUAAGAAGUUCUUUACUACAAGCUGCUUACUGACAGCUGGAGUAGUAGGCAGUUAUUUAAGCUAUAGAUACUCAAGUCACAGAGGAAACAAGUACGAGUUAUCACCAUCUUAUUUCGUCAAAUACAAAAUUUCGCACAAGCAAGAUAUUGAUUCAUCACAUUUCUUAGUGGAAGUAACGCCGUUGAUUAAGCAGAAAGUUAACAUAUGGUCGUUGAUGACCGCGGAAAAUCUGUGGUCCGUCGAGGUCAAGCAACCGGAAGUCAUGGUGGUCCGCAGUUAUACACCUCUACCGCUUAGCUUUAACCCAGCCUCAAGAGAAAUUGAGAUCUUAAAGGAUGGCGACAAUGCAGGCGGAAAAUUAUCGUUCUAUAUCAAAAAGUAUGAAAAUGGAGAGGUCGCAAGAUGGCUGUACCAUCUUCCAAAGGGUCAUGUAAUUGAAAUAAGAGGUCCAUUUGUUGACUAUGAGUUUCCCCAUUUGCCUAAUGAGCUAAAAAGAUCUCGUGAGUGUUUAUAUAUGAAUAAUUGCAACGAAAAGGACUAUAUUGAUAAAGAAGAUUCAAAAUUUGUUUACCAGCCUUACGACAUAAUGAUGUUCACCGCCGGUACCGGAAUAGUUACAGCCUUGCAAUUACUUUUGACCGAAUCACCAUUUAGAGGUAAUAUGAAGUUAUUUCACACAAACGAGAAUGUUAAACAAUUGGGACCCUUGUAUCCUAUCCUUUUGAGACUUCAAGCUUCCAAAAGAGUCCAGUUACAAAUUUUUGAAACGGACAGACAAACAAAGCAGGAAAUACUGAAAAAUAUACAGAAAUUGAUCACGAAGCCCUCUCCAUACAAAGGUCUGCUCCCCUUUUCUAACGUCACCGAUGAGGAUUUUAAGCCUGUAUUGGCAUUGGUAUGCGGCCCCGAAAGUUAUAUUAGUAGCAUAUCUGGAAGAAAGUACGAUCUUAAUCAGGGACCAGUAAGAGGUCUACUUUCUAAAAAAGGCUGGGACUCCGAUAAUGUGUAUAAACUCUCAUAA